CAGCCUUAAAAUCUAACUGGUAUAUGUGUUUAAUAUUCAUGAGAGUACUACACACUAGCCACUUAUGAAGGUGAUGCUGCUUGCUUACAAGUGCAGUGCCAAUGUAUACAUGACUCUAUUUAUUCCACUCCAUCCCUCCCAGAGAAGUGAAGGGAAGGCGCCAGCACAAGCCUGCCAUCCCACCACCCACAAAAUACAACAAAACAAGAAGAGCUGAAAUGGUGAUAACAUCUGAGAUGGUAAAGUGGAAGCACACAGCUGCGAUCCCAUGUCUGUUUGUGAGAAGAAUCCCCAACACCUGAACUCCCACCCCACGCCACCCCUUCGCUGUGGGUUUUACGCCCUUUGAUAUCUUUUGGGCAUGUGUUCCUCCCCUCUCGCUUGCUCUCAGCCAUCCCUUCUAUGUCCUCUCUCACAAGCUUCUCUGGUGCUGCUGCUAACAUUUUAUGUACGCUUGUCUGCGCUCUUGCUUCUCCUUCUCUUUUAUCUUUUGGUGCUUGGGGCUCAUAAAUCCGCGCAGCUGGUGUUGCCCUGUGUUUUUGAAAUUUGGGGACCCUUUGUCUCUUUCUUGUAAGCUCUGCUCCAACUGUUGUCCUUUUGGUGCUACUCUGUCUUGAGCUCUCUUUCUAUUGUUAUCAAUGCAUUCAGUAGUACCUCGCUUUACUCUACAUCACACCUCUCUACAUAACUCUUUGCACUUCUGCAACACCAGGCACCAGCCAUCAUCUAUUUAAUCUCCCCUGUUUCUCUCUCAUCCAUUAGCCUCCAAAACCCAGAGCUAGAUAGAACAAGUUAUAGAACAGAACAGUCACUUUUUUUCCUUCUCUUUCUCUAUACUCAUUCAAUCAUUUAGACAGUUCAGAUGGGUCGCCUUCUCCACCGCACCAAGACUGGUAGACCCGUUCACCUCCUCCUGUCGUUGCUUCUUCUCUUGAGCUCUAACCAAGAAAAAUACUUGGCUGAAGGUAGAUCGUUGUUUAAGCUUCUAGAGAUUGCCAACGUGAGCAGUUUUUCCUUUGGUCUUUCCCUUGUCGAUACAAGUUCUUUUCAUCUCCAGUCUUACGUUACGGUCAUGGAUUGGAUGCAGGGGAGAGGAGAAGAGGUGGGGAUGGCGAGAGCUUUGAUUGGGUCGAGGCCACCGAGAUGUGAGGGGAAGUGCACUUCAUGCGGCCAUUGUGAGGCAGUUCAGGUGCCUGUAGUCCCACAAGUCAGGAAUGGAGGUGGCCAUUUCUUCAAUACAAUCACUUCCAAAGGUGAUGAAAGCUCCAACUACAAGCCCAUGAAUUGGAAAUGCAAGUGUGGAGACACGCUACAUAAUCCAUAAUCCAUAAGCAGAAGAAACAGGAGACAAGCCAUCCUCUUUUCAAAUUGUGGAUAGAAACUUGAGAGGAAGUGAGAUUCUUUGAUCACUUUUUAGUGCUCUCUCUCUCUCUCUCUCUCUCUCUCUCUGUUCUCUUGAUUGUAGAAAUCACUCCUCUCUCUCUCUCCCCCACCUUGCUAUAAUCAUCAUCCCCGCUUGUUUUCUUAUCAGCAGUGGGAAGUAUAACUCAUAACUGUUGUCCUAA